GAUACCAAGAUGGAAAUUCAGGGGCUAUCUGAUGCCCAAAACAUUCACUCUCAACAUGGCGCCCUACAUAGAACCACUUCGCCUCCACUUCGAUCAGCGACAGGAUCGGGACCUCGUUUUAUUUGCACCGAAAACGAAGCGGGCGGACAACUGGGGCCGCAUGAAGCACAAAGAGACAGCAACAACAACACCAGGCCGAGGACAUCAACGUUUCGCCUACUGGCGGAAAAUGGCAGCGGGACGGGGAGUUUGUCUGUUAGCAAACCGCAGCCAACCGAUAAAACUAUUUUACCGGGUAACCGACCGAGUUCUGGACUCCACAACGUCAACACGGAGAAAGAAAAUGAUCUCAACGCACUACUCGGUCCUCAAGAGUCCGUCAGAAGUACCUGGAAGUACGGUAUAGACAGUGUGGAUAGUAUAAUGCAAAUGGCGCUGCCUCUGUUUGAAGGGGAAGAGGAACCGAUGCCGCAGCGGCAGCUAACGUUACCAUUUCCAGUUUUACGGCAGCAGCGUGAGGACGGCGCCUUCAAGCAGCCUUUACUGGCCAGCCGAGGCGUUCCUGCGCCGGGGAGCUCCAGCACAGAGAACAGGGCAGACAGAAGCACCCAGGAAUUGUAUGUUGUUUUUAAUGUUGUUCAAGAGGAUGGCAACAGCGAGACAUGCAAACACCAACCGGAUGUAUCAUCUGAGGACGGCGAUAAAAUAAAAAAGCAGGAGUGCUCUAAAGCAGGUCCCUGUGGCUCCAUGGAGGUUGGAAACAGCAGUAGCGUUCUUCUCUGUGAAUCUAACGAUAACUUGAACUGUCUUGAUACCCAGGCCUUGAAAAAAACUGAGCAUGUUUUCAGUUUACUAAAAGCUAAUUCUACCGCGGUGAAUGCUAAUCAGGCUGCCUGUCACCACACUGUCGAAGACGUAGUUUUGACAAACAAAUAUGGCGAUAAGAUUUGUGGCCAGAUUUGUACCGAAAACGAUGAAGGCAAACUGGUCAGGGAUCUUUCGCCGCAGUCCCGUAUUGACGAGGGCAGUGCCUUGAUUUCAGGGAACUCGGGCAUCGUGGAGGCCAUGGACACCUCAGACUUUAUUUCAGACUCAACGGGGCUGCAGGACAGUACAAACCCAGCCAGGGCCUCCACAAGUCCGCCUGCCAGCGAAACCUUUUCCGGAACUAUCACGAUAAACAACCAAAGCAUCAUAGUAACCAUAGAAAACGGGGUACUGACUCUCGCUGCCCCACCAGAGGGGCAUGUACACAAAGAGGAUGACAUGGUUAGCUUGAAGGAGCAUCUAGGCAUGAAAGACCAUGAAGAUAUUGUUCUUCUUAAUUAUGACAGUGGCACAAAAUCCAUCGGGAAGAUCAGCACGCUAGCGGUGUCCAGCACCAGCCAGCAGGAAGAGCCCAGACCUGGUUUGUCUGUGAGUGACUCAGAGCUGGCUUUGGUGGAUGACUGCUCGUUGUCAGAGCUGGGCACUUCCCUGGACUCCUGUUCCACCGUCAAGCAGGAGGCUGGGGCUCUGUGUGCUGUCACAGAGGCUGACCUGGUCACCCCGUCCCCCAAAGGCACUGUGGGGGACUGCGACAACGAGGACUUCCAGUCUGUGCCACCUAUCAGGUCUAAGAAAGAGACUGUGGCCUCUUUUGGCUGCCCGGAGCCUGGCUGCUCCAGCACAUUUGACGCACGUCAAAAGCUUAAAGUUCACCUCCUGAACCAUGCAGGGGACCCACGGCCCUACCAGUGCACCGUGGAGGGCUGCGGCUGGGCCUUUGCCACCUCUUACAAACUAAAGCGGCAUCUUCAGUCCCAUGACAAGCAGCGGCCGCAUACCUGCCAGUUCGAAGGCUGUGGGCGACGUUUCACCACAGUGUACAACCUUAAGGCUCAUGUCAAAGUCCAUGAACAUGACAAUUCCUUCAUUUGUGAGAUCUGCAGUGAGAAGUUCCGCAGUGCUGCACGGCUCACCAAUCACCAGAGGGUCCACUUUGAGCCCCAGAGGCCCCACAAGUGUGAAUUCCCAGGCUGUGAGAAAACCUUCAUCACCUUCAGUGCCCUCUUCUCACAUAAUCGCACUCACUUCAGAGAAACAGGCCACUUCAGCUGCACCUACCCAGGCUGCGAUAAGAUGUAUGACAAGGCCUGUCGCCUCAAGAUCCAUAUGAGGAGUCACACUGGUGAGAGACCCUUUGUCUGUGACUCGGAGGGCUGUGCCUGGUCCUUCACCAGCAUGUCAAAGUUACUCCGGCACAAACGGAAACAUGAUGAUGACCGUCGCUUUGUCUGUAAAGAGGAGGGCUGUGGAAAGUCCUUUACCCGGGCGGAGCACCUCAAGGGUCACAGUAUCACCCAUCUGGGCACCAAGCCCUUCCAGUGCCACGCAGAAGGCUGUAAUGCCAAGUUCUCAGCGCGCAGCAGCCUGUACAUCCACUCCAAGAAGCAUAAGCAGGACACCAGCACCCUGAGGACCCGCUGUCCUGUGGCCAACUGCUCCAAGCAUUUCUCCUCCCGCAGCAGCCUUAAGAGCCACAUGCUCAAACACCACCACCUCAGUCCCGAUGUCCUGAACCAAAUGGAGACCACACCCACCCUGACCCCCAGUAGCGAGCUCAUCAGCUCCAACUCUACAACAGUUGCUGGGCCUGGUAUUGCUGGAGGCGACCAACUGACCAACUUGGACCUCAGCUCUCUUUUCUCCGCUGUGCCUGGAGGCACUGCGCCCACUGCUGGUAUCGGAGUGGGAAUUCCUGUCAGUGGUAGCAGCUCUAAUGGCACCUUCACCAUGGACCUCUCCCUGGUCAGCUCAGGCAUCCUCACCAUCGACCCCUCCUCAGUUGGGACCACACUCGGUACCAGCACUAGCACCACGUUGGCAAAGACUGUGGACCCUCUUAUCCUUGCAGCCAGUGCUGACAUGGGCCCCCACCACGGUCUGGAGGGAACAGUGGGUGACGUCUUGCCCCCACAGGGCACCCUGAACCUGGAUGAUGUGCAGACGGUUACCCCGGAGGCGCUGGGAACCCUUACAGCUCUCAGCAUGCAGGGUGCUGGUACCACUGUAGACCCCUCUCUGCAGCACCCACUCAGCUCCUCCAGCGCUUUGAGCGUGGAGGCCACAGCCACCCUGGCUGUCGCUCCUGUGGCUGAGCUCCUGGCCUCACCCUCUACGGUGGUGGAGGUUGGUGGGCAGGGAGGAGCGGGGCCUCUGCUGGGCUGUGUGGAGGUGCUGGGGCCUCCGGACGGAGGAAAAGUCCUCACCCAGUUUGUUUUCCCCACUCACAGCAGCAGCAGCUUCAGCCCUCAGAAAGACCCAGAACUCAACGCUGUGUCACCAAGCAGCUUCCUAGAGAGUGGCGGCUCAGCCAGGACGGACUACAGAGCCAUCCAGCUGGCCAAGAAGAAGAAGAAGCAGCAAAGAGGCCCAUCAGCCUCCUCUGGGAGUUCAGGAUCGAGCCAGAGGAAAACUAAAGGAUCCAAGGCUGCCAUUGUUCCAGCACCGCUGGCUCCCUCUGGUGCUCGUUAUGGUGAAGGAGCCGCAACAGCCAAUGGGGGCCUGACUCUGCGCGACCCUGUCACCGGGGCCCAGUAUGUCCAGAUUCAGCUGCUGCAGGACGAUCCAGGCAGCGAUGGCGAUCUGGCCUUCCAGCUGAGUUCUCAGCCCUCCAGCUCCCACUCCCAGCUCACUGUCGACCUGCCUGUCAACAUUUUACAGGAACCUUCAGUGAUGGCCGAGGACGACAACGGGUCCGACAACUCCCAGUUCACAGGAAGCACAAUCAACCUUCAGGACUUGGAGUGACCACAGAGCUGCAGGUCAGAGGUCUGCUGCAGUGAUCGAUCUCUCUCUGGUACCUCAUCACUGUCCACGGUUUACAUCAGCAAACAUACCUUGAGAUGUUUGACUCCAUCAAAUUUGUUGACCUGUCUUUUCCCAGGACUUUGAAAGCCUUUUUGGACAUGUGGUCAAUAUGGUUGGGGUGGGGGGGUGGGGGGGUGGGGGGGUGGGUGGGCAUGACUUUACAGAUAAUGCACCUUGAGAGGAGGGUAUGAGGAUUAUUUGUUCCGAGGAUUAUUAUGUGUUUAUUUCUAAAGUCCAUUUUGUACCAAAAUCAAACCUGAGAGCACUCUCACGUCAAAAAGACACAUCAAAGGCUCCCUAUUCCUCUACGUCCUGUGGGUGUUAACAGUAUGGGUGUCUAAUCCAUGGUGCCACUUUGCCACUCACGCACACUCAGUGUGCCGUCUACGCUCCAGUUGCCUUACAGACACCUCACACUGUGCACAACUCCACCGGCAGGUUAUCUGCUUUAUUCGUUGCCAUUUUGAUUUCUUAAGUUUUGUUAGAUUUAUUUUUCUAUGGCAAGUAGCAAGUUCAUGUUGAAAAACAUGCCUGUUCAUGUGUUUAUAUACAGUAUGUCAUGAGUUACUACUUUCUUGUAAUAAUUUCAUGUUUAUUUAUUAUUUAGCUGUGGGUUUACAGAAUGGCAGAGCCAAACAAGAGAUGAAUUAAAGAAUUAUAGCACAAUCAGAACA